GAGAGCAUCGCUGCAACUGCGGCUUUUGUCUGUAUCAUGCCUCUAACAUAGUUUCUCACUUACUUUCACGUACUUUCACGUACUCUCCGACUCACCCCUUUCUCGAGGCAUCCACUCACUCUAGAUGGCAUCGUCUGAACUAUUGAAACAGAUCCAGGAAGGAAAGAGGUUGAAGAAGGCACAAACAAAUGACCGAAGUGCCCCUGUGAUAGACACACCUAAGGGAGGAGGUGGUGGGGCGAGCGGAUUUAGUGGAGGGGGUGGAGGUCCUUCAUCAGUUUCGUCUGGCCCAUCUGGCCCAUCUGCAUUGGCUGCUGCAAUGGGCGCAGGGCCUCCUCAGCUUGGUGGGCUAUUCGCAGGAGGGAUGCCUAAGCUGAAGCCAACAGGUGGCCCAGCGAAACCGGUACACCUCGGGAAACCACCAUCCAUCCCUAAGCGCAACGGUGCACCUGCUUCACCUGCACCUCCGCCGCCGCCGUCGAGGCCAUCACCUCCAAGCGCACCUCCUGCACCUCCAAGUAGGGCACCUCCGAGACCCUCUGCACCUGCACCACCUCCGCCAUCUGCACCUGCGCCUCCUGCCCGCACAGUUCCUUCUUUACCAGCUCGUACUCCUCCUUCUUUACCAUCUCGUACUGCUCCUGCUCAUCCACCGCCUUCUGCACCACCUGCUCCUCCUCGUAGAGCACCACCACCGCUGAAGGGUGGUUCACCAUCCGCAGAAGCUCCAGCCAUACCCCCGCGGAAUCCAUCACCCCCUACUCGCACCGCGCCUUCAAUACCAGCGCGUUCAGUGCAUGAGCCUCCAGCUCGCCCUUUGUCUGCUGCACCUGCAAUACCGCAUCGCAAAGUACCUGCUCCACCGGCUCUUCCUGGGAGGACCCCACCCCCGCCUCCAGCACGGCCUGCUUCUACAACUGGUGCUCCUCCUCGUGCCGUCCCGCCGCCUCCGCCCGCCAGAAAAGCCCCAUCUGCUGCACCUCCCCCUCCUCCUUCGAGACCUCCACCUCCUUCAAGAGGGCCCAGUACUUCUCACUUAGCACCUCCUCCGCCGGGUCGAACGAGAACUCUAUCAGAGUCUGAGGUUCCUGCUGCACCUCCACCUCCGCCAGGGCCAUCGCCGGCAGCGUGGCACUCGCGUUCACCUUCUGGUCCUCCUCCACCCCCGCCUGGCCCACCUCCUUCUCGGCUGAGAACUCACUCCACUCUAGGCAUACCUACAUUCAGCGUGUCCAAUGUCAAUGGAACAUCAGAUCGGUCGAGACCGACCCGCAAGAGUUUGUGUUACAUUUUAUUUCAUACAUUCAGAUCUACUAACAUGAUUUAUAGUACCUACACCUCCACCUAAUGUUGGUUCACAUGUCUUCCCGGUCAAUGGAUUCCCACCCCCUCGCACAUUCACCCCUUCUCCGAAACGCUACUCCGGAGGUCGGCAGAAGGGCUCAGACUUUGAUAUAAGUACACUGGCGUCCUAACUUACCUAAGCUAUAGUAUAUACGUACGAUUUUUUCUCGAUAUCUUAUAGUAGCUUGCCACGUAGUUUCGGAGGAUUCUUCGCCAUAUUCAGGGCUCUCUGUCAGAUGACAAUGGCAGAUGCUCCAUUUUUAACUAAAGCUGCCUACCAAGAGCCGAAUGAGCAGCAUAAAGUCCGAAGAUUGAC